AUGUCUGAACAGCCCGUCGAGGUAAAAGCCUCCCAGAACUGGGAGGAGAAUGCGGAUCAUGCAUUGGCUAUCACUCUUGCAGCUUCGUAUUCACCUGGUUGUCCGGAGGAGAAGAAGUUGCUUCGGAAGCUUGAUUUUCGUAUCAUUUCUUUCUGCCUGAAGCCAUGUUGCUGGGUCCUUUUCGUCCUAGGAUUUCUUGAUCGAGCAAACAUCGGAAAUGCUAAAACUGGCGGUCUCGCCAAUGACUUCCACCUAACCUCAAACCAAUACUCAGUCAUUCUACUCCUCUUCUUCGUCUCAUACAUCAUCUUCGAAGUGCCAUCCAACAUGCUGAUUACCCGUGUUCGUCCUUCCCUCUAUUUAUGCGGCCUUGCUAUAGUAUGGGGCAUCGUUGCAGCUAUGAUGGCUUUGACGAACAAUUGGAAGCAGCUUGCUGGUGUUCGAUUUGUGCUUGGUUUUGUUGAGUCCGGGUUUGCACCGGGUAUUGCUUUCUAUCUCUCUUCUUGGUAUCGACGAUAUGAACUUGCGAGUCGGUUUGCAGUAUACUAUACUGCUGUGGCUGUAGCUGGUGGUCUUUCCGGCUUGCUCGCAGGUGUGAUCACAGAAUACCUGGAUGGAGCUAGGGGUAUUGCUGGAUGGCGCUGGCUUUUUAUCAUCGAAGGCUGCGGUUCGUCCUUCGUCGGCUGCAUCCUCUGGUUCUUCAUGGCAGACUACCCCUCCAACACACGCUGGCUGACACCAGAUGAGCAACUUCUCGCCGCCCAGCGUCUAGCCUACGAUGGUCUUGGAAAUGCCCAAGGCGCUUCUGGUCGAAUCACCGAGAAAGAGGCUUUCAAGAUGGUCGUCAAAGACUGGCGUACUUGGAUUCUUGCACUGCUUUAUGCUCUGGUUACGGGUGCUCAGACUAUCCAGUAUUUUAUUCCUACUCUUGUAAAGAGUUUUGGGUGGACUAGUUGGGAUGGACAGUAUCAUACUAUUCCUCCUUAUGCAUGCGCUGUAGUGUGCAUCUUGGGCAUGUGUUUCACCGCCGAUCACUUUAAGAACAAGGCUGUCUGUAUUUCUAUCUUUGCGGCCAUUGGCACGGCUUGCUUCAUCGUCGUCUGCGCCAGUACGAGCAACACUGUUCGCUAUAUUUUCACCACUUUUGCCUUCGGCUGCAUCUACGGCAUCUCACCCCUGGUCCUCAUGUGGGUAGCCAACGUUAUUUGCUUUCCCGCCGAAAAGCGAGCUGUAGCAAUUGGUCUCGUCAACGCUUUGGGAAAUACUGCUUCUAUCUAUGGUGUCUUUUUGUGGCCUGACCAUGAUGCGCCACGGUAUAUUCCUGGAUUUAGUGCAACUACAAUCUGGAUGGGAGCAAUUUGUAUCAUUGCUUUAAUUGCGAGACAUUACUUCAAUAAGCAUCCUAUUGAAGCUCCGGAGGCUGAAGAGGCUUCGCUAAAUUCGACAAUGGAUUUCUUCGCUUCUCAGCCGGAGACGGUUACGAUUCUGAAACCUCAGUACGAGGAUCUUCUUCGAGUAGCCAGGCAAUUUGAAAAUCUCAAGGAGAGCCUUUUACGAGGUGGCGUUAGUCAAGAAGACCUCGAUGUUCUUGUCAACGACGCAGUUGCACCAAUCCCAAACGAUGAAAAUCCUGUUCAGAAGCCAUACCAUGAAACCCAUCAAUUGUCCGAUGGCGCCUCUUCAACUACACAAACACCAUCUUCAAACCCGGCAUCAACCAGCUUUCGACAAAACCACAAACCUAAUCACAGAGUGUACAAAUACGAUCCCUACCCUUCCGGAGACAGCAUUGAGGAAGAAGACGACGAUGAGUUAGAGCUCGAGGAGACAGAGAAUCAAGGCAUCUAUGUAGAGGAACAACAAGAACAAAUCUCUACCGCCAAUGGUGUUGACGACGAUGACGAACAACACACCAUCGAAAUGCGCAACCUCCCGCAACGCUGCACACACCUCGACAUCACAAAAUCCAUUAGAGGCGGAGCUCUUGUCCAGAUUUACAUGCGCUUCACAGAACGUAUGGCUCGCGUCACAUUCGUAGAUGCAGCAGCGGCACGCGAAUUUCUAGCUCGUGGGAAACAAAUUGGAUUUUAUAUUCACAACAAAAAAGUUGAUCUAUCCUGGAGCAACCAUGAAUUCUCGCUUCGCCCCUACAUCAAACAAUCCAUAAUCACCAAUGGCGCAACCCGCAACCUCAUCAUCCGCAACGCAAACGCCAACAUCACACCAGCACUCAUUCGCGAGCAUCUCGAGCACAUCAACAACUUGAUCGUUAUCAACAUCAAAAUCGACCAAAUGAAUCGCAGUAUCUCCAUAUGCACAAACUCAGUACACAAUGCGAUGUUUGCGCGGUCCUGUAUGAGAUCGAGAGCAGCGUAUAAAGGCAUGAAGAUUGAUUUUGGGGUUGACGAGUGCGCUGCGCCGUGGAAUUCUAGGCAAUCGUCGACAUUGUCGGCUACGGCGUCGGAAGAUCGGGCUUCGUCGGCCCUGCCUAUGCCUAAAGGGAAGGGGUCCUGUGAGAUGCAGCAGGGAAGUAAGCGGAGGCAGAUUUCUUCGGUAUCGAAUCGGUUUGAUCUGUUGAGUCUUGAUUCAGACACUGAUUCGGAUGAAUAA